AUGAAAAAUGUCAAUCUCUAUCACUUCUGUUCAUAUAUAUCUGUCUAUCUAUCCCCCGUCUCUCUCUCUCCCCUUCUCUCCCCCUCUCCCUCUCUCUCUCUGUCAUUCUGCUCUUAUCUAUCUAUCUAUCUCCGUUUGAUCUUAUCUACCUAUUUCAGUCAGUUGAUCUAUCUAUCUAUCUAUCUAUCUAUCUAUCUAUCUAUCUACCUAUCUAUCUAUCAACAUCUCUUUAUUAUCUAUUUAUCUAUCUACAUCUUUCAUUAUCUAUCUCACUCUGUUCAUAUCUAUCUAUCUAUCUAUCUAUCUAUCUAUCUAUCUAUCUAUCUAUCUAUCUAUCUCAGGCUGUUCAUAUCUAUCUAUCUAUCUAUCUAUCUAUCUAUCUAUCUCAGGCUGUUCAUAUCUAUUCUAUCUAUCUAUCUAUCUGUUCAUCUAUCUAUCUAUCUAUCUAUCUAUCUAUUCUAUCAUAUCUAUCUAUCUAUCUAUCUAUCUAUCUAUCUAUCUAUCUCAGGCUUUUCAUAUGAAUCUAUCUAUCUAUCUAUCUAUCUAUCCAUCCGUCCAUCUUUCUCAAUAAAUUCUAUCUAUCUAUCUAUCUAUCUAUCUAUCUAUCUAUCUAUCUAUCUAUCUAUCUAUCUUCAUUAUGUAACUAUCUAUUUCUCUCAGUAUAUUCCUAUCUAUCUAUCUAUCUAUCUAUCUAUCUAUCUAUCUAUCUAUCUAUCUAUCUAUCUAUCUAUUUCUCUCAGUAUAUUCCUAUCUAUCUAUCUAUCUAUCUAUCUAUCUAUCUAUCUAUCUCAAUCAGUUAAUAAUUCUCUAGUUUUUUUUACCCCCUCUCGAUACUAUCUUUUCGGAAACUAUUCAACUGGAAUGCCCACCCCACCCUACCCCACCACUCGCUACGCGACAAAACCUUCGCAUUUUUCUCUCGAUAUUUGUUCUCUGGUUGGUCACAUCUCUGGUUGGUCAUAUCUUCCUCCACACCUCCUCUAUCUGACUCAUCUAUCUAUCUAUCUAUCUAUCUAUCUAUCUAUCUAUCUAUCUAUCUCAAUCACUCUAUUAUAUAUCUAUUCCAUUGUCUUUAUCUCUUUCAGUUAUUAUAUUUCCCUAUCUCAAUCUCUUUGUAUAGAUGUACCUAUCUCUCUAUAUCUCUCUAUAUGUCUUCCUGUCCCUCUCUUUCUCUAUCGGUUUAUCAAUUUCUGUCUAUCUCUCUAUCGAAAUCUCACACUCUAUCUGCAUCUCUUUCUAUCUAUCUCUCAAUCUUUAUAUCUCUUUCCUCUUGUUGUCUGUCGUUAUUUGUCUUUCUUUCAUUCUGUCGCGCUCUCUCUCUCUCUCUCUCUAUCAGACGCUCUUUCUAUCUCUUACGAAGUCAUUAUCUUUCUAUCGUUCUUUUAUGCAUUUCUCUGUCUGUUUUUCCCUCUGUCUCAGUCUAUGUCACUCUCUCUGUAUCUAUCUAUAUAUGUAUCUAUCCCUUUCUGUCUGUGUUCUCUCUCUCUCUCCUCUCUCUCUCUCUCUCUCUCUCUCUCUCUCUCUCAAGCUGACCCGGCGUCUUUCACCAACUCUCGUAUCUAUCUAUCUAUCUAUCUAUCACAUUCUGUUCAGAUUUAUCUAUCUCAACUCUCUCUCUCCCGAGUGAAAUGGAUAAUUUCCCUAUGCCUUUCGUUUUCUUAA